AAAAAGAAUUGCCUUCAAGUGAUCGAGGAGAUGCGUCCCGUCGCGUCGUCACAUGUGGCGGAUUAUGGAAUUUGGUGGAAUUCACAUUGGUUGCGUUCAGGAAACACAAGUGAUCAGUGAGCGAUCAGUGAUUAUUGGUUCUUACUGUUAAAUCUCUAAAUUUGGACCAAUUAUAUUAGCGAAUUACUCAACUGUUGUACAACUGUUGAGUGUCCUGAACGCAACCAUUGUGACUAUUGUGAGUUGUGACUUUGUGAGUUGUGAGUACUGAGUAUGCGGAAGAAACAGUUUGACGUUUGACGUAUCGUGUAGCGGAACGUCGAGUACGGGGAACAUCUGGGAUAUCUGGCACGUUCCGCGAGACGUACAAGUUAAUAAUCGCUGUAUUAUAAUUCAGUUAUUCAGUAGAUCGUACACCAUUUUAAAUGCAAGGAUAUAUACCCCGAUUUGCGAAGUAAACAACAUAACGAAGCGAAGCGAUGAGAGGCGGCAUCCAAGAAACCGCUUGCAAAUCGAAAAAUGCAACGAUAUCGCAAACGAAGGAAAAGGGAGAUGCGACAGAUUGGUGGCUUCUGUUUGGAGGCAUAACUGCACUUACUCUGAUCACCCGAUUUUACAGGGUCACAGAACCUCAGCAUGUAUGUUGGGACGAAACACACUUCGGCAAAAUGGGCAGCUGGUACAUAAACAGAACGUUCUUCUUUGACGUUCAUCCACCUUUGGGAAAGAUGCUUAUUGCUUUGUCUGGGUACAUGACUGGCUAUGAUGGAACAUUUGCUUUUGAAAAACCAGGAGACAAAUUUGAAAAUGUCAAUUACAUAGGCAUGAGAGUUUUCUGCACAAUUUUGGGCGCAACUAUUGUCCCUCUGUCAUAUCUUAUUGUAUGGGACUUUACCAAGUCAAUUUGUGCCUCUGUGCUUGCAUCCCUCCUCAUUUUGUGUGAUGUAGGUUUGUUGACGUUGAAUCAAUAUAUCUUGCUGGAUCCCAUAUUGUUGUGUUUUAUGAUGUGUGCGACAUGGGGCAUGGCGCGUGUGGCAUCACUUCGAGAUCGACCAUUCACGCGAUCCUGGUGGUCGUGGUUGUCGUUCACCGGAGCUUCGCUCGCGUGCACGAUUAGCGUGAAAUUUGUCGGACUCUUUGUUGUCCUGCUUGUGGGUCUUUACACCGCUUACGAGCUCUGGCGAGAAUUGAGUGAUUUGUCAAAGCCUAUUUCUUAUGUGGGGAAACAUUUGUUAGCAAGGUGCAUUUGUCUCAUCUUAUUACCGAUUUUACUUUACAUGCUGUUUUUUUAUAUCCAUCUUUCUGUUUUGAAUAAAAGCGGAAGUGGCGAUGGUUUCUACAGUUCGGAAUUUCAGUCGCUGUUACGCGGUAAUUCAUUAUAUAACGCGACGAUGCCGCGACAAUUGGCGUAUGGUGCCACUAUUACAUUAAAAAAUCAUCGCACAGGCGGCGGUUACUUACAUUCCCACUGGCAUUUGUAUCCUGAGGGAGUCGGCGCGAGGCAGCAACAGAUUACGACUUAUUCCCACAAAGACGAUAACAAUCUGUGGUUGGUGAAAAAAUACGACACAGAUGUGAUACCGCCGGAGCCGGAAUUAGUUAAACACGGCGACCUUGUGCGUCUGGAACACAUUACGACGAGACGAAAUUUACAUUCGCACAAGGAAAUUGCGCCGAUUUCGAAGAAACAUUACCAAGUCACCGGAUAUGGAGAGAACGGUACGGGUGAUGCUAACGACGUUUGGAAGAUAUUAAUAACGAAUGGAAGGGAUGGCGACGUGGUAGAGACGGUGACGAGUAAAUUAAAGUUUGUGCAUUAUCUUCAUCAUUGCGUGCUGACGUGUAGUGGUAAAACGCUGCCGAAAUGGGGAUACAGCCAACAGGAGGUUUCUUGCAACCCCAACAUGAGAGAUAAAAAUGGACUAUGGAACAUUGAGGACAAUCAAUACGCCAAAUUACCAAAUGUCAGUUUCCGAGUGUACGCGCCGGGAUUCCUCGACAGAUUCCUGGAGUCACACGCCGUGAUGCUGCAAGGCAAUUCGGAUCUAAAAGUGAAGGAAGGAGAGGUGUCCUCGCGGCCAUGGCAGUGGCCUAUAAAUUACAGGGGGCAAUUUUUCUCCGGAAAUAAUCAAAGGAUAUAUUUGCUCGGCAACCCUAUCAUUUGGUGGGGAAACAUAGUCUUCCUUGUAAUAUUUAUAAUUCUUUAUGUCUACGCUUCUGUACGCGAGCAACGGGGUUGCGUCGACAACGCCGUUGUGCUCGAACAGCGAAGCAAAAUAACGCACGCUGGAAAGUGGCUCUUCCUUGGAUGGAUCUUGCAUUAUGUGCCUUUUUGGGCGAUGACCAGAGUGCUGUAUUUUCAUCAUUACUUCCCAGCUUUGCUGUACAGCUCCAUGCUGACCGGGAUCACGUUAAAUUAUAUCAUUGAGAGCUUCCUGCUGCUACUACCUGAUAAAGUGAGGAAUAUGAUUUAUCAUAUCGCGCUAGGAACCAUAGUUUCCGUCAUUGCAUAUAGCUUUUAUCUGUUCUCACCGUUAGCUUACGGGAUGGAUGGUCCAUCCGCCAUGGAUCCCGAGAGCUCGAUGCAUUCUUUAAGAUGGAUGGAAUCUUGGGAAUUUUAAAUUUUGAAAUCUAAUUUAAUCAGUGCAAUACAAAAUAUUUUUUAUACUCUUAUACUAUACUCGUUUCGCAGUAUAAUUAGUAAUGCAGUAUACUUUAUGCUGCACUACUAAGAAUACUAAUUCAAAUCUGCGACAAUGACUGAGAAUUGGAAAAUGCUCAUCUUAUUUAUAUUAUUUAUAUUUUCUAUCGAACUAUAUAUAGGAAUUUAUACUUACAGUGUUUUAUAUUUUUUAUAAUUUGUUCGUACAAACAUUAAAAUAAUUUAAUAAC